UUUCAAUUUUUCAAUUUUUCAAUUUUUCAAUUUUCAAAUCCCAAACUUUCUCUCUCCCCUCCCCCUUAUUUUCUCUCUCCUCUUUUUGUCAUUUUCCGACGCAUAAACAUUACAAUAGCUUCUUUGUCUGAAAACCCAAAAUUCCUUUCGUUUUACCUACUAAAACCCAUUUUUUAAUUUCAUUGUUUCACCUCAAAUCUAUCAUCCUCUCUUAAUUUCUGCACCUUUCAUGAAGAUCUAAUGGCGGAAGAACAACAAAGCUGAAACGAUGCAACAUCGCCUUUAAACUUCAGUUUGUUGACUUGAGAGUGAUGACGACUAAAGAUGCUGCCCGAUUCAAGAGAAAUAAUGAUUCAAGUAAAGGGAAGUUGUUAAAUGAUGUUGAAAGUAUCAGCAAGGCUCUCUAUUUGGACAGAAGUCCGUCAAAAAGCUCCUCUUCUUCAGCUAAAACUGUGCCCGAAUCCGUUGAUAAAACUAAUGUAUUGAUGCCCAAUCCAAUUUCAAAGCAUAGCAGUGAUGGGCAGUCAACUAAGGAUAAAAAGUCAUUUUGGAGUUGGAAACCUUUGAAGGCUUUUUCCCAUGUCAGAAAUCGAAGAUUUAAUUGUUGCUUCAGUCUUGAAGUCCACACAAUAGAAGGGCUGCCCUCUAAAUUCAAUGACAGUAACAUUUGUGUUCACUGGAAGAGGAGGGAUGGAGAAGUAGUCACAAGACCAAUCAAGGUGAUUGAAGGAGUAGCUGAAUUCGAGGAGAAACUAACUCAUACUUGUUCAGUUUACGGCAGUAGGAGCGGCCCACACCAUUCUGCCAAGUACGAAGCUAAGCAUUUCUUGCUUUAUGCCGCAGUUUAUGGGAACCCAAAGCUUGAUAUAGGAAAACACCGUGUUGAUCUCACAAGGUUGCUUCCACUUACGUUGGAGGAGUUGGAGGAUGAGAAGAGUUCUGCAACAUGGACAACAAGCUUUAAGCUAUCAGGUGAGGCGAAAGGCGGUAUCAUGAAUGUUAGUUUUGGAUAUUUGGUUUUAGGGGAUGGUGCUGCUCCUAAUAACAAGAAUGUGCUUCAACUUUUGGACUCGAAGGCGACGACAAAGAGUUUUGCCAAAUCUAAUCAGGGUGAUGGGAAGGGAUUGAUGCGACGUGCUGGAAGCCUUCCUGCAAAUCUGAAGUCAUCUACAACAUCUCAUUCUAUGGAUGAUGUAAAAGUUCUCCACGAGGUUCCACCUAUAAGAAUGUCUGAUUUAUCUAGUUCUGUAAAUACGCUGUAUCAAAAGUUUGACCAGGAAAACUCAGACUCCUUGGUCGAGGAUAAGUGUGAAAUUGAAGUCCCUUCACACAAUGGCAAGCCUCUAAAAUCAUCUCACUGCCCUCCAGAUCCAUAUCAGGAAAGUAUGUCGAAUGAUGAGAACUUGGAAUUUUCAUUUAUAGAGAAGGGGACAGAAUCUUUGGAUGAGAAGUCGACAUUGGUUGAGGAUGGGACAAAGGUUGGUGGUGAUCAAGAAGUAUUGAGCUAUGAUCGUCCGGUAUUUUGCAGUGAUGCUGGAGUUUUUAGUCAAGAAGAAGCUGACUUCAAAAGAGAUGAGGUUGCAAUACAUGAUUGUGAGACUGCAGAAACAAAUAUGUGCACCAAAGAAUCACUCUUAGAAGAUCUGGAGUCAGUUUUGAGCAAUGUUGCCGAGCUUGAGAAAGAAGGAUUAGACACCCAAGAGGCCAAAAGUGAUGAAGUUGCAAUACAUGAUUGUGAGACUGCAGAAACAAAUAUGUGCACCAAAGAAUCACUCUUAGAAGAUCUGGAGUCAGUUUUGAGCAAUGUUGCCGAGCUUGAGAAAGAAGGAUUAGACACCCCAGAGGCCAAAAGUGAAUCAAGUGAUCAGGAAGACCAGAAUGAGGAUAAACCAAACAUGAUGAUGCCUUCAGUUAGUUUGGAUGACGUCGCAGACACUGUUGCUGAUGAGUUUCUAAGCAUGCUUGGUGCAGAAGAUUCCUCCUUCUCCAUUGAUUCUGAAGCAGAGCCUGAGUCCCCUAGAGAGCGUCUUUUAAGAGAAUUUGAGAAAGAAGCAGCGACUAGUGGUUGUUCGUUAUUUGGUUUUGGUAUUGAUGAAGAGGAUUUGGCAGAUUAUGACUAUGAUGCUCCCUCUAUAUCUGGGUGGGAGGAGUAUUAUGAGGAUUCUGAUUUCUUAGCAGUUGAUCAGAAUGAAUAUCCAAAGAUUAGGGCUAAAGUGAUGGAAGACUUGGAAACACAAGAACUUAUGCAAGAAUGGGGCUUGGACGAUAUGGCUUUUGAGAGCUCUCCACCAAAUGCUAGAAUUGGCUUUGGCAGUCCUAUUGAUCUCCCUCCGGAAAAACCUCAGCAGUUACCUUCUCUUGGAGAAGGUUUAGGUCCAUUUACUCAAACGAAGACUGGAGGAUUUUUGCGAUCCAUGAACCCUAACCUUUUCGCGGAUGCCAAGAGUGGUGGAAGCCUAAUCAUGCAGGUCUCUAAUCCAGUUGUGGUUCCUGCUGAGUUGGGAUCUGGGGUAAUGGAUGUAUUACAACACUUGGCUUCAGUAGGACUCGAAAAGUUGUCAAUGCAAGCCAAUAAGUUGAUGCCUUUGGAAGAUAUCACAGGAAGAACCAUGCAACAAAUAGCUUGGGAAGCUGCACCUCGUUUAGAAGAUUUUGAAAGUCAAAAUCUACUUCAAGACAAGCCAGAAGAUGGACACGUUACAGCUGCUGGAAAGAAACGAGCUAAAGAAGCUUUUUCUGGCCGAAAAUCAAAGAAAUACAGUUCAAGCUUUUCAUCUGAUGAGGUUGACUCAGAGUAUGUAUCUUUAGAAGAUUUAGCACCAUUGGCCAUGGAGAAGAUUGAAGCAUUAUCAAUUGAGGGCUUGAGAGUACAGUCUGGCAUGUCAGAUGAGGAGGCUCAUUCAAACAUCAGUGCACAGUCUAUUGGGGAAUUCUCAGCCUUUGAAGGAAAAUGUAGAAUUUCCACUGGUUCUAUGGGUUUGGAGGGGGCUGCAGGAUUGCAGCUAUUGGACCUUAAGGACUCUGGGAUUGAUGGCGAUGAUGGAAUGAUGGGUUUAUCUUUAACAUUGGAUGAAUGGAUGAAGCUGGAUUCUGGUGAAAUUGACGAAGAAGAGCGACUAAGUGAUAGGACCUCAAAGCUUCUAGCUGCCCAUCAUGCUAAAAGCACAGAUUUGAAUUUUCUGGGUAAGAAGGGAGAAAAGAAGCAGGGAAAAGGUUCUGGAAGGAGGUGUGGUUUGUUGGGCAACAAUUUUACUGUUGCCUUGAUGGUCCAACUUCGAGAUCCUUUCAGAAACUAUGAGCCAGUUGGCACACCGAUGCUUGCUCUGAUUCAAGUGGAAAGGGUUUUUAUUCCUCCGAAACCAAAGAUAUACAGCACGGUUGCUGCGGCAAUAGAAAACAGUGACGGAGAUGAUCUAGAUUCCGUUGCUGAAGAGGAGAAGAAGCUGGAGCCCGAGGAAGAGAAAGCUCAGGAACAGGACUUAAUACCGCAGUACAAAAUAAGUGAGGUGCAUAUUUCAGGUAUUAAAAGCGAGCCUGGUAAGAAAAAGCUGUGGGGUAGUGUUGCACAGCAGCAAUCUGGUUCUCGUUGGUUGCUUGCAAAUGGGAUGGGCAAGGGGAAACAAAAUCCAUUUAUGAAACCAAAGAUCGCCGCCAAAUCUUCUUUGCCAUCCACAGUUACAUCUCAGCCAGGUGAUACCAUGUGGAAUAUUUCUUCUCGGUUUCGUGGCAGUGGGUCCAAAUGGAAAUAAUUAGCAAGUCUCAGUCGGCAUAUUGGAAACUCGAAAGUACUUUCAACAGGAGGCAUGCCUUUUUUCACCUGUUUGGAAGAAGGAUUUAUAUGAGAUUUUGUGAAAAGAUGAGGGAAAUGCUUGUACCCUGGUAUCAUCUUUUACACAGUGGUAAGGCAUAUGUACAUUAUAUUGCUGUAAAGCUAUUUGAUGGAAAUAAAAUUGAAAAUUAUGUGUGCAAAAUUGUUCUUGAUAGAAGUGAUCAUGGCACUUUUCCAUGUUUGUGGGAAUAGAAGGUUUUUUUUAGGUAGAUUUGGACCCCUCCCAUGUGUAUAAUCUAAAUGCUAUAUAUAUUUCUUAGUUGAAUUUUCUAAACAUGUA